UUAUUUUACUUGGCUGUCUUGCCUUAAAGUGCAAACCGUGCAAGAUGCACCUAGAGCCCGCUCGGGUCAGCCCUGCGAGGCCCGGGCACGGUUGAUGCUGGAAGGGCAUCUGCAGCUCUGUGCCCAGUGUCCUGUGCGGUCCUAAUGACAGCAGAACAACUUUGGUUUUUCGUUGGUGGUGGUUGUGAUGGGGAUGAGAGGACCUCUCCAAGCCCGAGGAGGGGUCCUUUUGCUGGCGUACGCGGAUGAGAGACGUUUGGGCGGCUAGGGUGGUACUUCUCUGGGUUCGAAGGGCCCCUUCUGAUCAAAAAGAAAAUAAUUCUUCCAUCGACAUUUUUAUAUUCAUCACUGCCAUACCAGUUGGGCACGGGGAAACCUGACAAGUGGCCUAGGUCGGCCUAGUUAGGCACAAUGUUUUCGUGUGUGUGACCGGUAUAUUACCAAGGGACUUGUCCUGAAAGCGUGGUAUAUAGAGAGCUGCGGUUAAAGGUCAGGUGGUCACAGAGCACUUAGAAUUAAUAGAUGAAAACUUUGUUGGGCUGGGAAUCCCUGGGGGCCCUAAAGAUACAAGAAAGGCACGUGUGGCCUGGAUUUGAGGGACGUGGAGAGACUAGGGCUCCCCAAGGGGCCCGGCGGGCCAGGAACUCUGGGCCCGAGGCCUGGGGACCGUGCCUGACAGCGGCCGGUGGGUCUUUGGGUCUUUUCGUGUCUCCCCCGAGUGCAGGCGACUGAGCGUGGGCCCGAGCGAGGCGCCGCGCGCCAUGGCUGAGUGUCAGGCGGGCCCGGCGGCCGGGGACUGGGAGAUCGACGUGGAGAGCCUGGAGCUGGAGGAGGACGGCCGCGGGGCGCCGCUGCCCACGCCGCCCGGGCCCAGCCCGCCGCCGGCCGACGAGGACGACGAGGACGAGGACGAGGACGACGCGGAGGACGACGGCGACGGCGAGGACGCGGGCGCGUGCCCAGGGGUGCCGGGCCGGCCGGAGCAGCGAGGGGGCCCGCCGCCGAGGCCGCCCCCCGCGCCGCAGGCCUCGCCGCCCCGGGCCGGGCCCCCGGAGCGCUGCGCGAGCGCGGGCGGCAGCGCGGAGCCGCGCAAGCUGAGCCGCACGCCCAAGUGCGCGCGAUGCCGCAACCACGGCGUCGUGUCCUGCCUCAAGGGCCACAAGCGCUUCUGCCGCUGGCGCGACUGCCAGUGCGCCAACUGCCUGCUGGUGGUGGAGCGGCAGCGCGUCAUGGCCGCCCAGGUGGCGCUCCGGAGGCAGCAGGCCACCGAGGACAAGAAGGGACUUUCCGGGAAACAGAAUAAUUUCGAGCGCAAAGCCGUGUAUCAGAGGCAAGUCAGGGCACCCAGUUUGCUGGCCAAAAGCAUUUUAGAAGGCUACCGCCCCAUUCCCACAGAGACUUAUGUGGGAGGGAGCUUGCCUCUCCCUCCCCCGGUAAGUGACCGGAUGAGAAAAAGGCGGGCCUUUGCUGAUAAAGAGUUGGAGAACAUUAUGCUGGAGAGAGAAUAUAAAGAGAGGGAGAUGUUGGAAGCUUCCCAAGCUGCUGCCUUGUUCCUGCCCAACCGCAUGGUGCAUGGACCUGAAUACAACUCCUACAAAAGUGCCUACAGCCCCACCCUGGGGGAGCCGCCAAGCAAAGACUUCUGCAAUUUUUUGCCCACCUGCCUUGAUCUAACCAUGCAGUAUUCAGGGUCUGGGAAUAUGGAACUGAUUUCUUCCAAUGUCAGUGUGGCCGCCACUUACAGACAAUAUCCCUUGUCCUCGAGAUUUUUAGUUUGGCCCAAGUGUGGCUCCAUUAGCGACACCCUCCUCUACCAGCAGUGCCUGCUAAAUGCCACCACCUCAGUUCAAGCUCUGAAACCUGGGGCCAGCUGGGACCUGAAGGGAGUGCGAAUCCAGGAUGGACUCAGUGUGGAACACGACGUGAUGCCACCAAAAUUGGAAGGCUCUCUGGUGCUGCCUCACCCUCUGGAGGUCCAGACCUCAAGAAAUGAGCUUCAGGGACACCAGGCCGUUCCUGAGAGGUCUGCCUUCUCCCCACCCCGACGGAAUUUCUCUCCCAUUGUUGACACGGACUCCCUGGCAGCUCAAGGGCACGUCUUAACCAAGAUCAGCAAAGAAAGCACCAGCCACCCUCUGCCACUUAAACAUAAUCCAUUCCACUCACUAUUCCAGCAGACUGUUAAUGACAAAUCAGGUCCUGAGUUGAAAACACCAUUUGUCAAAGAGGCCUUUGAAGCGGCCCCUAAGAAACACAGAGAGCGUUUAGUCAAGGAGAACCAGAAGUACACAUUUACAAUAGAUAGAUGCGCAAAAGAUCUUUUCGUAGCCAAACAAGUUGGAACAAAACUCUCUGUGAAUGAACCACUGUCGUUUUCUGUUGAGUCUAUUCUUAAGAGGCCUUCGUCUGCCAUCACUCACGUCUCUCAGUGAAAGGCAGCUUAAACAGAAAGCUGGAUUUUCUGCAAUCUCAGACGGUUCUUACCAGUUGCUAAUUUUGUUUUUUUAAGAAAAAAGAUGUUUGUAAAAGAAAUUUCUAAUGUGUAUGAUGAUGAUUUAAAAAAUUCUAUAUAUUCAUAUGCAUGUUCUUUUUCUCGCCACAUAAAUAUAUUUAAACUUAAAGAUGGAAAUUACUUACGUGCAAAUUGGAAAGUUCCACGCUUUACACAGCAUUUCAAAAAGCAAUAAAAUUGACACUGUCUUCUAAAAGACCCAGUAUUUGCUGAAG